CAGUUAAGAGCCCUGCCCCCCUGGGGCUGGGCCAAGCCCAGAGGCUGGGCUUUCAUGGGGGACUGGUAGGUGAAAGGUCUUGGGGGACGGAGGUGGCUGGGCCUGAGCCCUGGGGCUCCGGCCAUGAAGUCUCGGCAGAAAGGAAAGAAGAAGGGCAGUUCGAAGGAACGGGUGUUUGGGUGUGACCUGCAGGAGCACCUGCAGCACUCCGGCCAGGAGGUGCCCCAGGUGCUAAGGAGCUGUGCAGACUUUGUGGAGGAGCAUGGCGUGGUGGAUGGGAUCUACCGCCUCUCAGGAGUCUCCUCCAACAUCCAGAAGCUCCGGCAGGAGUUUGAAGCCGAAAGGAAACCAGACCUGCGGAAAGACGUUUACCUGCAGGACAUACACUGCGUGUCCUCCCUGUGCAAGGCCUACUUCAGAGAACUGCCGGACCCCUUGCUCACUUACCGGCUCUAUGACAAGUUCGCUGAGGCUGUGGCAGUGCAGCUGGAGCCCGAGCGUUUGGUUAAGAUCGUAGAGGUGCUGCAAGAACUCCCUACCCCAAAUCACAGGACUCUGGAGUUUCUCAUGCGGCACCUGGUGCACAUGGCCUCCUUCAGCGCCCAGACCAACAUGCACGCCCGCAACCUGGCCAUCGUGUGGGCCCCCAACCUGCUGAGGUCUAAGGACAUAGAGGCCUCAGGCUUCAACGGGACAGCAGCUUUCAUGGAGGUGCGUGUGCAAUCCAUCGUGGUCGAGUUCAUCCUCACGCACGUGGACCAGCUCUUUGGGGGUGCUACUCUCUCUGGUGGUGAGGGGGAGAGCGGAUGGCGGUCACUUUCAGGAGCCCGUGCGUCAGGCAACCCCGAGGACGUUAUGCCGAGGUCCCUGCCUUACAACCUGCCGAGCAUCCUGCAGGCUGGUGAUGGUCCCCCACAAAUGCGACCCUACCAUACUAUCAUCGAGAUUACAGACCAAAAGAGGAAGGGGUCUCUGAAGGUCAGGAAGUGGAGAUCUAUCUUCAAUCUGGGUCGCUCGGGCCAUGAAACCAAGCGCAAAUUUCCUCGGGGGGCUGAGGAUAGGGAAGACAAGUCUGAUAAGGGGACACUGCGGCCAGCCAAGAGCAUGGACUCCCUGAGUGCUGCAGCCGGGGUGACUGAUGAGCCAGAGGGUAUAGUACAACUCAACAGUCCCCGGCCAAUUCCACUGCUGCCUGAGAGCUUUGAGAUGGAUUCUGUUGAGGCAACAGAGGGUGAACAAGAGACUGAGGCAGAGGGAUUGAGCAGCAUGAAUUCUGAGCCAGGCACCCCUCCAACUGGCCGGCUGGCAAUCUGCUCUGGAGGCAGUAGUCGUGCGGAGCGCUGUGCUGGUGUCCACAUCUCAGAACCCUACAACGUCAACCUUCCUCUACACAUCACUUCCAUCCUCAACGUGCCCCCAAACAUCAUCUCUAACAACUCCUUGAUCAGGCUUACCCGAGGCCUUGAAUGUCCGGCUCUACAGCCCCGGCCUAGCCCUGCUGCUGGUCCUGGCCCUGGCCCUGGGCCUCCAGAUGAGAAGUCAGAGUCCAGACCAGUCCCAGGUCACCUGGAUGCCUCAGGCCCAAUGGACAUGAUCCCUGCUUUGGAGGACUGUCUGUCCCAGGAGGUGCAGGAUAGCUUCUCCUUCCUCGAGGACUCAAGCAGUUCAGAGCCAGAGUGUGUGGGGGUGGAGGAUGGGAACAUGGUCAAGGCAGGAGCAACAGGAGCAGCCUUCUCCCCUGGGGAGGAUGACUCUGGGAUGGGCUACCUGGAGGAGCUCCUGGGAGUUGGGCCUCAGGUGGAGGAGUUUUCUGUGGAGCCCCCGCUGGAUGACCUGUCUUUGGAUGAGGCUCACUUUGUCCUGGCUCCAAGCUGCUGUUGCCCAAACUCUGCUGACUCCAGACCUGAGGCAGGGGAAGAAAGUGGGGAGGAAAUCUUUUUGAGUGCCUUUGAUGAGCUGAGUCCCCUUCUGGGGCCCAAACCCCCAAGCCAGGAGGGUCCAGGAUAUCUGGAGGAAAAGGUGGCUGGAUGUGGGGAGGGAGGCUGGGGAGCUGGGGAGAACAAGGAGGCUGAUCCUGGAAGAAGAUGGGACAUCAGAAAGGAAGCUGAGGGAUGUGCAGAGAGUGAGGUAGAAGUUAGAGAGGCUGAUGAGGAAGGAGGGGAGACAAAGGGAAGUCAACAGAUGCUGGUUAGUUUGAAAGAAGAUAGUGGGGAAGAGACAGAGUCUAAGAGGGAGAAGUCCAAAGGUGAGCAGGAGGAUGAGAAAAAGGAGACAACUAAGCAUGUGGAGGACACUGGAGGCAGGCAGGGUAAAGAUAAGAAGGAAAGAAAGAGAGAGAGAGAAAAAGUGACUGAAGAAAGAGAGGAGGUCCAGGUAGAAGCUGCGAGAGACCCAGAGCCCACGGCCCAGGAAAGCCAAAGCCAGAGAAGCUGGGAAGUUGUACAGAAAGAAAAGGCUGAGGGAGGCACAGGAGAUGAGGUCAAAGGACAGAGGAAGAAUGGAGACCAAGAGGUAAGAGGAGAUCAACAGGAUGAAGAUGGCAGAAGGGCAAAGUCAGCAGCUGAAGAAGAGGAGGUCAGCAAGGGCUGGGAGAGUGGGAGUAGAGAGGCUGAGGGAGACCAGAGUGCUGGAGAUAACCAUUUAGAAGAGGGGUCCCUUCCUGGAAGUUUGCGCGUAGUGUCCCUGCAGGUUGACAAUGCCAAAGAGGACAAUUCCCAGUCCUGUGAGAUGGAACAGGCAGCCCCAGAACCACCCCAGCCAGAGGAAAUGGAGCCCGCGGUGCAGACCAGCUCAGAAGUCUGCCAUCUGUGCCCCUGUUCCUUUGGUUCAGCUGGUGGUGUGGGCAUGCGCUUGGCUUCCACCCUGGUCCAGGUCCAACAGGUCCGUUCUGUGCCUGUGGUGCCCCCUAAACCACAGUUUGCCAAGAUGCCCAGUACAAUGUGUAGCAAGAUCCAUGUGGCACCUGCAAAGCAAAGCCCAAGACCUGGUCGACUUGAUGGGACUCCUGGUGAAAGGGCUUUGGGGUCCCGAACCUCUCACUCCUCUUGGAGGAAUGGGGGCAGUCUUUCCUUUGAUGCUGCUGUGGCCUUAGCUCGGGAACGCCAGAAGACUGAGGCUCAGGGAGUACGACGGACCCAGACUUGUACAGGGGGUGGGGACUACAGCCUCCUCCCCAGAAUCUCCCCCUGCAGCACUGUCCCUGCCCAUUCUCCUCGGCCCCUUAGCUGCCUGGACCAGCCAUCUGAAGGCAAAGAAGGGAGUGGACCCCAGUGUCGUCUUAGUCUUCCCCCCAGAGAACUCCUGCCCCCUGAGCCCAUUAUGCUCUCACUGUUCCAAUCAUGUACAAUUGAAACACAGGAUACCCCUGGAAAAGGUGAGGGACUGUGAUUAGGACCAAAGUACUGGGUAAAGGGGACAGAAAGUCGGCUUGAAUCUCUGGGGUGCUAGACUGUUGCUUAGCACCAGUUUGAGAAGCUGUAGUAGCCAACAUUCUCGACUUUGGUUCUGCAGCUUCUCUUUUGGACUGUGGGAGGCACUGCACUCACUGGUUUACCUGAGUUUGUCUCAGACACAAAGCACUUAUUCUUGAGGAGUUGUUUAACGAAGCCACCAAUGACCAAUGACCAGAGAGAGAGAGGUCAUUGGCCGAAGGGUACAGAGAGUAGGUAGAGGUUUCUCAAAGUGAAGAAUGAAGGGGGAACUCCAGCUAAGAUCCCAUCCUCUUCUGAUGCUGUGAAUUUCUUUUCAUGGAAACUCUAGGUGGAGGCAGGGAAGGCACAGACUCUAGAGUUGUCCAUUCUUUUUCUGUCCCCUGGAACCCUGGAUACUUCCUGACCUUAUUAACACCAGAUUAGGAAGAAAUUUUCCAGGAAGCUCUGUGAAGCCUUCAGUGUUUGUUGGAAAGACUGACCUCCUUUCCACUUAUGUUCCCUCUGCCUUCAAUCACCUUGAAGAAGGAAAGUCCUUAUUCAACUCUGUCUGGCCUCUCCAUUUCCCUUUAGCACUUCUUCCUAUUUUGGGGAAAGGGAAUGGUGUCACUCAGGCCCUAGCAUCUAGUUUCCAGGUUGGAGUCACAUACUAGCCAGUUAAAAUGUUUCAGA